AUGCCGCCCCGCCAGUGGAUUGACAAGAAGAACGCGAGCACUUUUCAGCUCUUCCACCGGUCCCAACAUGACCCGCUAAUUCACAACCCCGAAGCAGACGACCGAGUUCUACACCAGGUCAGCGGUCCUGCUGCGGCUCUUUCGGCCCCCUCUACAUCCUCAAAGGGCCCCCGAAAUCUGAACGCACUCGAAAACGAAUUUCACGAUGAGUCCAUCCGCCGCAACGAAGGCGAGGCCGCCAACUACGGCAUCUACUACGAUGACUCCAAAUAUGAUUACAUGCAGCACAUGCGUGAACUUGGUUCAGGUGGUGGUGAUGCUUACUUUGUCGAGGCCAAAGCAGAGAAGGGAAAAGCUAAGAACAUGAAGCUGGAAGAUGCGCUACGUCAGGUCUCUUUGGACGAUCAGAGUGCUUAUGGAUCAGAGUACGGAGACAUGCGAUCAACGGCGUCUUCUUAUGUUAGAAAGCCAACAUACCAAGACCAACAGAAUAUUCCAGACGCCAUUGCAGGUUUCCAGCCCGAUAUGGACCCACGACUACGAGAGGCCCUGGAAGCGCUGGAAGAUGAGGCAUAUGUUGAUGACGAAGACGAUGAUAUCUUCGGUGAACUCACCGCGCAGGCAGAUGAGAUGGAACGUGGAGAUUGGGAGGAUACUUUGUUUGACCAUGACGAGGACGACGAAGGAUGGGAGUCGGAUGCCACCGAGAAGGCGCCAGUCCAAACAGAUAGCACCGACGCCCGGCGACAUGAAGAUGUGUCCGAGGAAGCCUCGGAGGAGCUUGCUCCUGGGGAGAUGCCUGAGCACGACCAACCGGUUCCUGAUCUGCACCCCUCAGACCAAGGAUGGAUGCAGGAAUUCUCCAAGUUCAAGAAAGACGCCAAGUCUGGCAAGGCUCCCACGCCAGCUGCUCCCACAAUUGCCCCCUCAGAGACACGGACACUCGCCUCCACCGCCUUCACAGUUGGCGGUACCCCAAUUCGGCGAAAGAAGCGCAAAGGUGCCAUGACUAACCCAUCUGCGUACUCAAUGACAUCGUCAUCUCUGUUACGCACAGAAGGUCACAGACUUUUGGACGAUCGGUUUGACCGGGUCGAGGCUAUGUACGCGCUUGAUGAAGAAGACGAAUACGACGACAGCAUGUCGAUGGUCAGUGGGAUGACUGGCGCCACAGGCAUGACCGGUAUGACUGGCAUGUCUGCCGCAUCAUCUCAGGCCCCAAGUCUCGUUAAUGGCAGCGGAGAAGCAGUCUCGCGUAGCGACUUCCACAACAUCAUGGACGACUUCCUUGCCGGCUGGGACAAUAAUACUAGUUCCCAGGCAAAACGCAAGGGGGCCAAGAACAAGCGCGGAAAGAAUGGUAAUGAGGCUAUUGGCAUUCGCAUGCUUGAUGAAGUUCGCUCGGGUCUAGGACCGGCUCGCCUCUCGAGCAACAGCUCGAGAGUAUAG